AUGACCGAGGACCACUCGGCAAAGGGCGAGCAGCUCAAGCAGCAGCAGCUCGAGGCCGAGCAGCGUCGCCAGGCCGCCGAGCGCGACUCGUCGGGUUCCGGCUCUGCCGCUGCGGCGCAGGACGGCGGCGGCGACAAGCGCGGCGAGUCGAGCGAGCAGGGCAAGUCGGCCGGGCAGUCCGAGAAGGACGAGGCGAUGAAGAAGGCGCGCCAGAACCCGCAGACGAACGCGCAGGACUUUGAGCGCAAGGGCGUCCGCGAGGUGUUCGACCCGGUCACGGGCCGCCAGGUCCAGAUCAAGGACGCCGACCUCGCCGACUUCCAGAAGCCGCAGCUGUUCGACCCGGACCACAUCAACCCGUCCAGGACCGACAAGCCCGGCCCGGCCCUCAACCGCCCUGGCGACGGCGCGCCGCUCGACAAGAUCUCGCCCAACCCGGUCGAGCCGACCAAUCUCAACCUGUACACGUUCCCGCCUCCUGUCGACCAGAACUCGCUCAAGUCGAUCGUCGGCACCAUCAACGGCUACGCGUUCGCCGUCAUCGGCGCCCUCGGCCUCAUCUGGUUCUUCACGGCGUGGCGCGGCAGCUGGGCCGCCUUCUUCUUCCGCACGCAGCUCAUCGGCGGCAUCGCCGUCGCCAUCUUCUUCGCGCACGGCAUCGUCAUCCGCAAGGUCGAGAAGGAGCUCGAGCGCAUCCGCCUCGAGAUGCACAAGCAGCGCGGCGAGCAGCACUCGCCGCCUACGCCCGAGAGCACCGAGUGGCUCAACGCCUUCGUCAAGGUCGUCUGGCCCCUCAUCAACCCCGAGCUCUUCACGUCGGUCGUCGACAUGGUCGAGGACGUCAUCCAGGCCUCGCUUCCUGGCUUUGUCGACGCCGUCAAGAUCGACGACUUUACGCUCGGCAAGAACGCGUUCCGCAUCCUCAACAUGCGCGCGCUCCCCGACCAGCCGAGCGACAAGGAGUACCCGCGCGAGGAAUGGAUCGACCAGGGCGACCGCGAGGCGGCGCUCGACCCGAACCGCCGCAUCAAGUCGGAGGAGGAGCAGGAAAAGGAGCAGAAGGACAAGGCCGACGCCGUGCUCAAGGAGGAGACGCCCGAGGACGAGGACCAAGCCGGCGACUACGUCAACUACGAGAUCAGCUUCGCCUACUUUGCGCCGCCGGGCGAGGCCAAGAGCCACAACAAAAACAUCUCGCUCAUCAUGAAGUUCUUCCUCGGCGCCUACGACCUGUUCCACAUCCCUGUGCCCAUCUGGAUCGCGGUCGAGAGCGUCGUCGGUACGGUCCGCCUGCGCUGCCAGAUGGUGUCCGAGGCGCCCUUCAUCCGCAACGUCACGUUCACCCUCAUGGGCGUUCCCGCCGUCGAGGCUUCGGCAAUCCCGAUGACGCGGGCACUCCCGAACGUCCUCGACCUCCCGCUCGUCAGCGGCCUCGUCCAGUCCUCGAUCGCUGCUGCUGCAUCCAUCUACUGCGCGCCCAAGUCCAUGACGCUCAACAUCGCUCAGAUGCUCGCCGGCGACGGCAUUAAACGCCAAACGGACGCCCUCGGCCUAAUCUUCGUCUGCGUCCACCAUGCUUCCUCGCUGUCCGCCCAGGACGACAACGGCUACAGCGACCCGUACGUCGCAAUCGCGUACCAGAAGCUGGGUCGUCCUUUGGCCUCGACGCGCAUCAUUACGCAGGACCUCAACCCGGUGUGGGAGCAGCACUUUGUCCUGCUCGUCACGGCCGAAGAGGUUCGCGCGGGCGAGAAAGUGUCGAUCCAGCUCUGGGACUCGGACAAGGUCAGCGCCGACGACCUCGUCGGUCGCGUCAACGUGCCGGUCACCGACCUCAUGCUCAAGCCGAACGAGAUGCAGCACCGCACGGACGAGCUCAUGGGCUUCGAGGACGCCGACUCGAUGUCGGGCACGAUCACGUGGUCUGUCGGGUACUACGAGAAGGCCAAGCUCAACCCCUCGCUCAAGAAGGCCGCCGGCAUCGACCACACGCUCCCGAAGGAGCUCCAGGACCACCCCGAGCUCAAGCUGCCCGAGAACAAGCUCGACACGCCCGAGGAGGCCGACGUCGCCCGCACGCCGCCCGACCCCCAGUACCCGGCCGGCAUCCUGUCCGUCAUCGUGCACCACCUCAUCAACGUCGAGAGCCAGAACCUCAAGGGCGCGAGCGGUCGCCACCGCGAGGGCGCCGCCGGCCAGGACACGGACGAGCCGAGCGAGCAAGGCGACAACGUCGUCUCGACCUACGUCGAGUACGUCCUCAACGACGACCUCAUCUUCAAGACCCGUACCAAGGUUUUCUCGAGCAUGCCAUACUUUGAAGCCGGUACCGAGACGUUCGUGCGCGACUACCGGCGCGCGACCCUUCGCCUCGUCGUUCGCGACGCCCGCCUGCGCGAGCACGACCCGAUCCUCGGCAUCAUCAACCUCCCGCUCAACGAGGUGUUCGCCAACUCGUCCCAGGUGACGCGCACGUACAGCCUGCGUGACGGCGUCGGCUUCGGCAAGGCCCGCAUCUCGCUCCUGUUCAAGGGCGUCAACCUGUCGCUGCCCAAGGAGCUGUCGGGCUUCGACACGGGCACGGUCUGCGUCACGGCGCCGAUCCGUGUCGAGCCGGUCGCCGACGCCGACUUUGACUGGGCCGAGAAGAAGCUCGUCCUGUCGACGUCCGAGGCCAAGCAGAAGAUCCCGGGCCGCGCCGCGACGCAGCAGGCCGACGGCUCGCUCGAGUGGGAGGUCGACGACGACAUCCGCCUCCCGACGUACGACCGCUACUCGAGCGCGCUCUACUUCGACUAUGGCGGCUCCAAGAUCCAGAUCGGUCCGCUCGGCAGCAAGCGAGACGCGUUCGCGACGCUGUGGCUGUCCGAGCUCGUCGACGACGAGCCCAAGGAGGUCCGGAUCCCGGUCAUCGUGCCCAAGUCGCCCUCGCUCCGCGCCAACUACAUCAACGACCAGUGCAAGAAGACGCACGACUACGACAUCGUCGCCUGGCUCACGACCACGGUCGUCCUCGACUCGGGCCUUGACGCCGACCACGAGGCGUAUGCCACGACCCAGACGCAGCGCCACGAGUUCGAGACGUACGACCGCAUCGAGGGCCAGUCCGAGCAGGCCGUCAAGAACUCGCACGCCAACGACGAUGGCGUCAUCGACAAGGACGAGCAGAGGCAGAUCGACCGCGCGCACAAGAAGGCUCUCGAGUCGCGCCACCGCGGCAAGAUGCAGUACCGCCCGAUCCGCACGGCCAUCUGGGCCAAGGAUGGCGCCAAGGACCGCCUGCGCAAGCUCACCGGUCGCGGCAAGAAGGAGGAGACGGUCGCGAGCGAGGGCGCGUGAGCCCGUUUCGUCGUCGUCGCACCCCCUUUGUAGAACUCGUCGCGUGUCCCCUCUCUCCUCUCGCUUCUCGCUUUCCCUCCCCACUUCUCUCCUCUCGCUUCUGUCCUCUCGAACUUGUCAAUAGCGAAUCGUUCCGAGUG